GGCUGUUAGAUGAUCCGUUAGGAUUUGAAUGGAACGGCCUCGCAUGUCGGUCUCUCUCUCUCUGUAUAUCUCAUGCCAAUUUUUAGAUUACAGCCAAAUGGUGUUGAGGUCGAGACUGGGUCGAGAGAGCAUAUUCUCUCUCUCUCUUUCUCUCCGCAAAUUUCUAUGGACGUUCGCAUCCUCACAAUUACUCCUCUUCUCUUAUGCUUUACUUAUUUCCCUUUCCCCACAAAACCUCCCUUUCAUUGUUCAAAGUCGAUCACACAAAUUACCAAAUGAGUGUCACCAUGUCUGGAACAAUUUCUCCCAAACCAGCCAUUGAAAGAUCUGAUGCUGAGAACUUGGACCAUGAGAAGAAGAAUAGAAUUGCAGCUUUGAAGAAGAAAGCAAUUAAUGCCUCUGCCAAGUUCAGGAAUUCUUUGACAAGAAAGGGUAGGAGAAGUAGUAAAGUGAUAUCUGUUGAAAUUGAGGACGUACAUGAUGCAGAGGAGUUGCAGGCCGUGGAUGCUUUCCGUCAAGCACUUAUAUUGGAGGAGCUACUGCCUACAAAGCACGAUGAUUAUCAUAUGAUGCUCAGAUUCUUGAAGGCCAGGAAAUUUGAUGUGGAGAAAACAAAGCAAAUGUGGUCUGACAUGCUCCAGUGGAGGAAGGAAUAUGGUGCUGACACUGUUAUGGAGGAAUUUGAAUUUAAGGAAGUCAAUGAAGUCCUGGAAUACUAUCCACAAGGGAAUCAUGGAGUGGAUAAGGAUGGACGACCUGUUUACAUCGAGAGAUUAGGCCAAGUAGAUUCUACCAAGCUGUUGCAAGUCACAACCAUGGAACGAUAUUUGAAAUACCACGUAAAGGAGUUUGAGAAGACAUUUGCCGUAAAAUUCCCAGCUUGUUCAAUUGCAGCAAAGAAGCACAUCGAUCAAAGUACAACCAUCCUGGAUGUGCAAGGAGUGGGACUGAAAAAUUUAAACAAAGCUGCCAGGGAACUUCUUAUGAGCCUUCAGAAGAUUGAUGGUGGCAAUUAUCCUGAGACCUUGAAUCGCAUGUUCAUCAUCAAUGCUGGUGCUGGAUUUAGAAUGUUGUGGAGCACUGUAAAAUCGUUCCUUGAUCCUCAGACUACAGCAAAGAUCCAUGUUCUAGGCAAUAAAUUCCAGAGCAAGUUGCUUGAAAUAAUUGAUGCUAGUGAGUUGCCUGAGUUUCUAGGAGGCACUUGUACCUGUGCUGAUAAAGGAGGCUGCAUGCGUUCUGAUAAGGGCCCAUGGAAGGACCCAGAUAUCUUGAGGAUGGUUCAAAAUGGUGAUCAUAAAUGUACAACGAAACUUGACAAUCAAUUUGCUGAGGAGAAGACAAUUUCUGAGGAUGAGACAGUGUACCUUAAGGGACUUAACUCUUCUUCUGGCAUGGAUGCAGCUCAAGAUGUACAUGGCAUGCGAUCUUUUCCUUCUAGACUUUCAGUGGAGCAUAUCAAGCACCCAAAGCUCUCUCUUAGCCGUAAAAAACUUUCCAUUACAAAAAAUUACCAAGAAGCCUACAUGUGUGAAGACUUAGCCCCAAUGGUUGAUAAAGGUGUGGAUUCGACUUGGCAAAAGAUGGUAGAUAAUGACAGAGUUUCCCUCUCAAAAGCAGCAGAUUGUUUUGCCAUGCAUGAUGCUAGCAAGGGUACUGAAGGGUUCAUCUCUAAAUUUUUUGCUGGUCUAAUGGCCUUUGUUUUGGGCAUUUUCACCAUGGUUAGAAUGACACGUAACAUGCCAAAGAAGCUCACAGAUGCCACCAUCUACUACAGUCCUAUGUACUGUGUCGACACAAUGUUUAAAGGCCAGGCACCUUCGCACCAGCUUCCUGAGCCUGCCAUCUCUGUCUCUGAUUUCAUGUCUGUCUUGAAACGCCUGGCUGAAUUGGAAGAGAAAGCGAAUGUUUUGAGCAUGAAACCUGCUGCCAUGCCAGCAGAGAAGGAAGAAAUGCUGAAUGCUGCUAGAUGCCGGGUUGAUGCAUUAGAGCAAGAGCUUGGGGCAACCAGGAAGGCUUUAGAGCAGUCACUUGCCCAACAAGAAGAGCUUCUAGCUUACCUUGACAAGAAGAAGAAGAAGAAGAAGAAUUUGUUCGGCUGGUGAAGGAAGAAAUGCUGGAUGCCAAAAGGUGCUCAAGAUGGGUGAUGUUCAGUUCUCCAGAGCCACCCAAACCAAAUAUACUCUUAAUAUUCUAUUACAAAAUAUAUAAUUUAUCAACAGUUUUCAUGUAUAAACUUCCAUCCUAAUCCU